AUGUCAGGGGGUGCAGGAGUUGCUGCAGAAGCUCCUGCAGGAGCUCCAGCAGCAGCUUCUUCAGCUUCGGCGGCGGACCCGUUGGUAGCAGGAGAAGCGAUCGACAAGCUGCUGGCGGCCAAUAAUAAGAAACGCAAGUACCCGGAGCCUGGCUUCGCAGUGGACAGGUCUGGGGCGGUUGGAGGCAGAGGAAGCUACAGCAAUGCGUUCAAGGUGAAGGCGGCGGAAUUCACGAGAGCCCUCUGCGAGGACGGCAAGCCGGUGGGAAACACUGGAGCGGCAAAAGUUCUCGGGGUAUCCAAGAAACGCAUCAUUGCAUGGGUGAAGGAAGAGGGAAAGCUCAAGGGCUUGAUCCAGGCCAAACCCAAGCUGUCGAAAGCCAAGUCGCUCAACGUUGGGGUUGCAGCUUCGACUGCGGAUGUCGACCAAGCCUUGGAGGACUACAUCAACGAGAAGCGCAAGCAGCACCGCGGCUGUGGCAACGCGGAGGUCAUGAACAAGCUGCUGGAGAUCAAGGCUGAUGCCCUCGGGGGUCUUGGCCCCACCGCCACGACGGAGGAGGCUUUGCAGUUCAGGAACAAGUUCAACGGCUGGUACAAGCGUUUUCGUGCGCGGCGCGGGCACAGCAUCCGCCGGCGUACCAGCGUGGGCCAAAAUUCACAUAAUGGUGCCGAUGGGAAUGGCGUGGGGCACAGCAGUGCAGAAGCUUCGGAAGGCUCUCAGGGGGCGCGCUGGCCAACUCUUCGCUGAGCGAAACCGGUGUGCUUCUGAUGAGCUAGCUCCCUCUGGACGGGGAGGAGCUGAGUUCCGAGCAGCUGGAGUCGGUGACGGAGGAAGUUUUCCACGAACUCGGCAAC